GAGUAGUAGACAUGAACAGAUUUGAUUCAAUGCAGAUGGUAGAGCCUGAGAACAGGACCAAAGGUGGGGAGUCCAAGUUUGUUCAGGAGGUGAAGAGGGAUGCAUGGAAGGAUGGUGGAGAGGAGCGAUCAGAGCCCUCCUGUUGUCUCAGUGUCAGCAAGCUCUCCUACAGAGUCAGUGAGCGUGUGGGUCCAUGGUGGGACUUACCCUCCUAUAGGAAGCGAUGGACUCGACAGAUCCUCAAUGAUGUCUCCUUCCAUGUAGACAGUGGGCAAAUCAUGGGCAUACUGGGAAAUUCAGGCUCAGGAAAGACCACAUUAUUGGACGCCAUCUCAGGCAGGAUUGGAAACUCUGGUACACUGUUGGGUGAAGUCUUCAUUAAUGGCAGGAAACUGAAAAGAGAGGAGUAUCAGGACUGCUUCUCCUAUGUGCUGCAGAGUGAUAACUUGUUGAGUUAUCUGACAGUGGAGGAGACUCUGACCUACACAGUCCAGCUGGCCCUGCGGAAACACUCUGCCAAGGCUAUCAAGAAGAAGGUGUCAGCUGUGAUGGCUGAGCUCAGUCUGAGUCAUGUGGCCCACAGUGUUAUUGGAGGUCGUGUUUUCCCAGGGAUCUCUGGGGGUGAGAGGAGGAGGGUCUCCAUUGCCAGCCAGCUACUUCAGGACCCGAGGGUGAUCCUACUGGAUGAGCCGACCACCGGCCUGGACAGCAUGACUGCCAAUCAGAUUGUGGUGCUGCUAGCAGAGCUGGCCAGGAGAAAUCGUAUCGUCAUAGUAACCAUCCACCAACCACGCUCCGAGCUUUUCAGGGUGUUCAGCAGAAUAGCUAUAAUGAGCCGUGGAGAGCUCGUGUUUUGUGGGCAGCCAGAAGAGAUGGUGGAUUUCUUCAGUCAAUGUGGAUAUGAGUGUCCAGAGUACUGCAACCCCUUUGACAUCUAUGUUGACUUCACCUCAGUGGACACACGCAGCAGUGACAGGGAGGCAGCCACAUUUAGUCGCAUGCAUGAGAUCACUUCUACCUAUCAGAGAUCAACAAUCUACCAGAACAUGCUGGAGAAACUGGAGCAGAGCCUGCAGCAGGCAGACAAGCCAGCCAUCCCCUUUAAAAGCAAAGAAUCACCCAGCGGUGCAGCCAAACUCAAAGUUCUUCUCAGGCGGACAACAAAAAACCUGUCCAGAGACAGGAUGGGCGUUCUGAUGCGUCUGUCCCAGAACCUGAUCUACGGCCUCUUCUUGGUCUUCUUCAUCAUACAUUUAGACAAUGAUGUCAUCAAGGGAGCCGUGCAGGACCGCAUCGGCAUCAUCUAUCAGAUGGUUGGUGCCUCACCGUACACUGGCAUGCUGAAUGCUGUGGCUCUCUUCCCAGCGUUGCGAGCCAUCAGUGAUCAGGAGAGCCAGGAUGGUCUGUACAGUAAAUGGCAAAUGUUCUUGGCCUACAUCUUCCACAUCCUGCCAUUCAGCAUUCCGAGUGUCUUCAUCUUCACCUCCUUCCUUUACUGGACGGUGGGGAUGUACCCUGACGGCGUGCGCUUCCUGUGUUUUACAGCUGUAGUACUUGUACCACAUAUUGUAGGUGAGCUGCUCACUGUGGUGCUAUUAGGAGUGGUCCAAGACCCUAACAUGGUCAACACUGGCGUGGCUCUGCUCAAUAUUGCAGGGGUACUGGUGGGGUCUGGAUUCCUAAGAAGCACCCAGCAGAUGCCAGUGGUCUUCCAGUGGCUCAGCUACCUGACCUUCCAGAAGUACAGCUGUGAACUACUCAUAGUCACCGAGUUCCACGGACUUGACUUCACAUGCAAUAGUUCCAAACCUUUGCCGGGAGCCUGCUAUGUCACUCAUGGCAGUCAGGUCAUUGAUGAGGGCUAUCCUGGCGCUCUGUCCCGCUACACACUAGACUUUGUUCUCCUCUACUCCUUUCUCCCUGCUCUCCUGCUGCUGGGAAUGAUCAGCUUCAAGAUCAGAGACAAGCUUGUGCAUCACUAAAACACAGAUGGGACAGUA